AUGUUGAGCAAAUUCCGAGGCAAACCGGAACCCAAUCUCCAAGCGGGUGUACGUGAGGAGGCUGUCGGUCUUCCGGAAUCAGCACAUGUACAACAUGAGAAACCGCAGCACCAUAUGCACAUGCCGGGGUUCAACCACAACGGACACAAAAUCACAAAAGGUAUACAUCCCGACGGCGAAAGUGGAAGAGGAGGAGUACACCCGUGGCAUUUCCUACGGAUAUGUUUUAGAUCCUCAAGUCAUCUUUCGUUGGUGGUCAAUAUCCUCUGGCCUUUCGUACCCGCAGCGAUUGCGAUCCACUUCGCUCGUCCAGACCUACAUCUAUGGAUCUUCAUACUCAACUAUGUUGCUAUGGUUCCUACCGCAAACCUGGUCGGUUUCGCUGGACAAGAACUGGCACGAAAGCUGCCAAAAGUGCUAGGUCUCAUCCUCGAAACGUUCCUCGGUGGGAUCGUUGAGAUCGUACUUUUCAUGGUACUCCUCCACAACAGUGUCAACAAUAGCCUCAUUCCUGUUAUCAGAUCGGCCAUCCUGGGCUCCAUCCUUGCGAAUUUGCUACUAUGCCUUGGGUUCUGUUUCUUUGCAGGUGGUCUGAGAAGAAACGAACAAGAAUUCGACGAAGUGAUUAGCGAAGUUGGAAAUGGCCAACUCCUCAUGGCCGGCUUCGGGUUACUUAUUCCCAGCGCAUUCUAUUCUUCGCUCCGAGGAUCUAUAGAAGACUCAGUACUAGACGCCAACGUCCUUCACAUCAGUCGAACAACGUCCGUGAUACUCCUUAUAGCUUUCCUGAUCUAUGUAUGGUUCCAGAUGCAUACGCAUCACGGCUUGUACGCCGACUCGCUCGAGAAAGACGAAGAACGCGAUGCAGACCGGCAUAUAGACCUUGCAAAAGACAAAUUGACGCUCACGGAAUGUAUCGUCGCAACGCUCAUUGCAUUGACUUGCGUCUCGCUUCACGCUGUGUUCCUAGUGGAGGAGAUCGAACACGUCGUCCACGAACACGGCGUAAGCGACGCAUUCAUGGGCCUUAUCCUGGUUCCACUUGUCGAAAAAGCGGCGGAGCACCUCACAGCCGUCGAUGAGGCAUGGGAUAACCAAAUGAACUUCGCUCUUGCGCACUGCAUGGGCGCCACAAUACAAACAGCAUUGUUCAAUUCUUCGCUCGUGGUCAUCGUGGGCUGGGGCUUGAACAAGGCAAUGGACCUCAAUUUUGAGAUCUUCAACAUUGUGGUGCUCAUCAUGGCGAUCAUCGUUGUUGGCAAUUUCUUGAGAGAUCAGAAAUCCAAUUACCUAGAAGGUGCAUUGUGCAUUUUGAUAUACUUAAUAAUUGCAAUUGCAAGUUGGUAUUAUCCUAAUCCUACCCCGGGGACUACGAAUACGGCGGAUGGUAGUGGGAUUGCAAGUAAUGGGACGAUACCCUGA